CGCCAGUAAAGAUUGUCUCUUGUCGCUGAGCUGAUGAAUGCGGAAGAGGUGGAGGUCAGAGUUGAAUGUUUGACAGAAAGCUGAAUAUGGAUUCCAUAUUUCAUGAGAAACAAGAGGGCUCCCUAUGUGCCCAGCACUGCCUGAACAAUCUCCUGCAGGGGGAGUACUUCACCCCCGUGGAUCUGUCCUCCAUUGCUCACCAGCUGGAUGAAGAGGAGAGGAUGAGGAUGGCAGAGGGCGGCAUGGCCAGUGAGGAGUACCGGACGUUUUUACAGCAACCCUCAGGGAACAUGGAUGACAGUGGAUUCUUCUCGAUACAAGUUAUUAGCAAUGCUCUGCGGGUGUGGGGGUUGGAGCUGAUCCUUUUUAACAGUCCAGAGUACCAGAGGCUGAUGAUAAACCCGAUAAAUGAAAAAGCUUUCAUUUGCAACUAUAAGGAGCACUGGUUUACCAUACGCAAACUGGGACAGCAGUGGUUCAACCUGAAUUCCCUCCUGACUGGACCGGAGUUGAUAUCGGACACGUAUUUAGCCCUUUUCCUCGCACAGCUGCAACAGGAAGGUUAUUCCAUAUUUGUAAUCCGGGGAAAUCUCCCAGAGUGCGAGGCGGAGCAGAUCCUGGGGAUCAUGCGGGUCCACCAGCAGCAGCGGCCCAGACUCAUCGGGGAGGACGAGGCCCAGACCAGCAUGGGCAGGACGUCGGCCUCUCAGACGCAGCCGGACGUGGGUUUUGUUGUGGAGGACGAGGAUGAGGAGCUGAAGAGAGCUCUGGCUCUCAGCAGGCAGGACAUGGAUGUGGAAGACGAAGAGGCCGACGUUCGGAGAGCCAUUCAGCUCAGCAUGCAGGGAGCCGUGAUGAGCAACUCGUCUUCGGAGUGCGAAGUUUCAGGUGUGAAAUCCAGCAGCGCUGAUGAAGGACAAAAAGUCCAGAGUGAGACGCUGACAGCGGAGGAGCUGAGGAAGAGGAGACAGGCCUACUUUGAACGGCAGCAGCAACAAGCUCAGCCAAACAUUCCCCAACAGCCAGACACAAAUCCAGGAUCAGCAAACACCGGCUCAGAGGAAGACCAACAGCAAGAGUCCAGCCAGUGAAGUUGUGGAAAGUCUGUGUUGUUUACCAGCGGCCUGGACUGGAACCCCUGCCUGGGGGUGGCUUCACUCCCUCCUCUAACC